GUCUCAUUUGUGGGGUUUGGUGCGAAGAGGACUGACAGAUGGGCUCGUGACUCGUGAGUUUUUGGAUAACAUAAUCGAUCCCAUUUCCCUGAAAAUCUCGUCCUUCUUCAAGAAACCAUGUGUCCAUGAUGCAAUUCGCAUUAUCACUCCGUUAUCCCACCAAUCACUUCCCGCGUCGUCGUUUCAGAAUUCUGAGCACUGCGUCAUCGGAAAAGUUAUAUUCACCAUUUCUCCGAUUCAAGAUUCCGUUCCCAACAAUUCAUUUUCCGACUGCUUCGGCUUUUAUGCUCUCUAACUGUAUUGGAGAGUGGAUCACAAAGUGAGGUUAAGUUGGAUCGCAGAUAUUGUGAAUCAUUUAUGGAGGUCAAUAAUUCAAUUCCAGUACCGCCACCCCCUUUGCCUAGGUCGGCAUUAACCAGCUGCACAAGCCAGAAAAAGUUUGUGAACAAUUUAACGCCAAGGAAGUGCAGCUAUGUGUCCCCGGCAACAAGAGAUUUGUGGGAUCGUCUUUUCGACGAAGGCUAUAAAGCAGAUGUUGGCAUUAAUACUCGUAACGGUGGUAUUAUUUUUGCUCAUUCUCACAUUCUUCGAAUGGGUUCUCCAGUUUUGAGAGGCAUGCUAAAGCAAGCAAGUCGUCGUUAUGGUCGGCGAUCUAUUUCCAUUCUCGGGGUUCCACAUGACGCAGUCCGAGUUUUCAUUCGAUUCUUGUAUUCUUCGUGCUAUGAGAAAGAAGAAAUGGAAGAACUGGUCUUGCCUUUAUUGGUGCUGUCACAUGCAUUUGUUGUCCCUCACUUGAAGCGUGAAUGUGAAGAAAAGCUAGAGAUGAGUUCGCUCACUAUAGACAACGUAGUUGACGUAUUUCAGCUUUCAUUGCUAUGUGAUGCUCCCCGGCUGAGCCUAAUUUGUUACCGAAUGAUCUCAAAGAAUCUCAAACCUGUUUCAGAGUCUGAAGGUUGGGAAGCAAUGAAGCAGAGUCACCCAUUUCUGGAAUCCGAACUUCUCGAAUACAUAACCAUGGAAGAGAAUAGAAAGAAGAUGAGGAAGAGGAAGAGUGAAGAAAGGAAGAUCCAUAUAGAACUGUACGAGGCAAUGGAAGCACUGGUUCACAUCUGUAGAGAUGGGUGUCGAACUAUUGGUCCACGCGAUAAAGAUUUAAAAACGAACGACGCUCCUUGUGGCUAUGCAGCCUGCAAGGGGAUAGAAUUGCUUAUUCGUCAUUUUGUUGCCUGUAAAUUGAGGGUCCCACGUGGUUGCAUUCAUUGUAAGAGAAUGUGGCAACUAUUUGAGUUACAUUCUCGAUUAUGUGCUGAUCCACAUAUCUGUAAAGUUCCUUUAUGCAGGAGUUUCAAGCAAAAAAUAUCAAAUCAAAGAAAGAGAGAUGAGAUGAAGUGGAAAAUAUUGGUUCAGAAGAUUUUGAGAACAAAGGGCAUUGCUGUGGCACCAAUUUUUCAACAGCAAUAGCCCAAACUUGGCGGGAAUGAAACGAAAUUGGUGCGGAAUAAACUUCAAGUUGAAUAUUGUCCAUCCAUGUGCAAAUAUAUGAAAGCUUCAAAUUGUAAAUUUGUAGUACAGGGUAAACUUCGAUUUUAUUACCUUUGUUGGUGAUGAGAAACAAUACCACAAC